AUGCCAGAGCAUAAAAGGCACAAGGCUGUGGACGGUCCGGCAGCAGAGGAGCGAGAGCGAGAGCCGCCGCGGACGCCGUUCAGAGGCCGCACAGAGAUCACCCUGUGUUUGAGUUCCAGACCAGGGGGGCGGGCAGCCACGCAGUGUAGCAGCCCGUCCAGCAUCCCACCAGAGGAGACCCCCACCUCUAGGCCCUGCUAUAAGACCACCUCCAGGCCCUCCUCCACACCCACUACAGACACAGAGCACCCGUCUGGACCCAGUCUGGAGCUGCAGACCAGAAGGACCAGUCCAGAGUCCAGACUCACAAAGAGCUCCCCCUCAGCUCAGGACAUCCACACAAGGCCCAGAGAAAGAACUGAACAAUGUGAGACAAACUGUGACCAGGGCCCGACCAAAGAGGCCUCGUACAGUGAAGAAACCAGUGAGCAGAGGAAGCCAGAGGCGACUCAGGGUAUGAAGGUACUGCAGGGCCGAGGGCAAGUCAGGGAGGAGCUGGAGGGCCGAGGGCAGGUCAGGGAGGAGCUGGAGGGCCGAGGGCAGGUCAGGGAGGAGCUGGAGGGCCGAAGGCAGGUCAGGGAGGUGGUGGAGAGCCGAUCACAGGUGAAGGAGGAGCAUGUGGAGGCACAUGUGGAUACUGACAUGGACCAGUGUGAGGUAGAGCAGCAGGUGGAAGAGGAAGACAGUGUGUUGCUGCUAAGUGAGAAGGAGCGACAGAACGAGGAAGUCAACGAAAAGGACAACUGUUCAGCCUCCAGCAUCUCGUCCACCAGCAGCACCCUGGAGAGAGAGGAGCGCGAGGACAGGCUGAGCCAGGACAUCGAAUCAGGUCAGCUGAUUCAGUGCAAUGAAGAUGUUCAAGAUGUGAAUGGAAACUGUGACAAAAUCCUCAGCAACAAACUCUUCAUGCUGGACAUGCUUUACGCCCAAACAGCUGACAACAACAACAAGGAAACCACAGAGACAAUUGAGACAAUUGAGAAAGAGAGCAGUAAGUGUGAGAAGGACACACGGACAAGCCCUGCCUCUGUGGGCAGCCUGCUCAGCCGCAUCUCCACUCUGGAGGCGCAGAGACUGGGUAGGACUGAGGGAAGGACUGAGGGAAGGACUGAGGAGGUGCUGAGGAAAGCUGAUGUGGGCCACUGGGACAACCACAGCUCUGUGCGCGCUGUAGCAGAGAAGUUUGGAGAUCUGGUCAAAGGACUGGGAGGUCCCACUGAGGUGGAGGGUCUGAAAGAACAACAGCAAACUCAGGAGAAAGUGACCACUGCACCAGCAGCGCUGCCCCCAAAGAAAGAGUCAGACCAGAUCUGGGACCAGCUGCUGGCUGCGCCCCGAGAGCUGCGCAUCAAAGAGAUGGACUUCACUGAUCUCCGGGACGAGGACGACAUGGACAUCUUAGACAUGGACAAUCUGAUGAGGUCAGGUGACCCCACACCAACACCCCCUCCCCCUCCCCCGUUCGGCUGCCCCCCUCCUCCACCCCUCUUUGGUCACAUGCCUCCCCCACCUCCCUUCAUCCCGCCCCCCUCCCCUCAGCUCUGUCGAGGGAGCACCCCCGUCUUCCAGAAGAAGAAGAAAACCAUCCGUCUGUUCUGGAACGAGGUGCGACCUGUGGACUGGCAGAGCAAGAACCACAAGUUCUGUAAGGACUCACUCUGGUCCAAACUAGAGCCCGUCAAACUGGACACGUCCAAACUGGAGCAGCUAUUUGAGUCAAAGUCUAAGGAACUGCCGGUCACUAAAAAAGCGACAGUUGAUGGAAAACGGCAAGAAAUCAUUGUUCUGGACUCCAAACGAAGCAACGCUAUAAACAUCGGAUUGACAGUUUUACCUCCGCCUCGCACGAUCAAAACAGCUAUCCUCAACUUCGACGAAUACGCUCUCAACAAAGAAGGCAUCGAGAAAAUCCUGACCAUGAUCCCCACGGAGGAAGAGAAGCAGCGGAUCCAGGAGGCGCAGCUGAUGAGUCCGGACGUCCCCCUGGGCAGCGCCGAGCAGUUCCUCCUCACGCUCUCCUCCAUCACAGAGCUGAGCGCCCGCCUGCAGCUCUGGGCCUUCAAGAUGGACUACGAGCUGAUGGAGAAGGAAGCUGCGGAGCCUCUUCAGGAUCUGAAAGAGGGAAUGGACCAGUUAGAGAAGAACAAGACGCUUCGCUACAUUCUCACCACGCUGCUCGCCAUCGGAAACUUCCUGAACGGCACAAAUGCAAAAGGCUUUGAGUUAAAUUACCUGGAGAAAGUCCCGGAGGUGAAGGACACGGUUCACAAACAGUCCCUGCUGCACCACGCCUGUGCCAUCGUUGUGGAGAAGUUUCCCGAGAGCAGCGACCUCUACUCGGAGAUUGGAGCCAUCACCAGACUCACCAAGGUGGACUUUGAUCAGCUUCAAGACAAUCUGGCUCAAAUGGAGAGACGCUGCAAAGCCUCAUGGGAUCAUCUGAAGGUCAUAUCGAAACAUGAGAUGAAAGCAGCGCUCAAGCAAAAGAUGUCCGACUUCCUGAAGGACUGCGCAGAGAAAAUCAUCAUUCUGAAGGUUGUGCAUCGGCGGAUAAUCAAUAGGUUCCACGCCUUCCUGCUUUUUUUGGGACAUCCGGUGUACGCCGUGCGGGAGGUCAGCAUCCACCGCUUUAGUAAGAUCCUGAGUGAGUUUGCCCUGGAGUACCGCACCACCAGAGAGCGAGUGCUGCAGCAGAAGCAGAAACGAGCCAAUCACAGGGAGAGGAACAAGACCCGUGGCAAAAUGAUCACCGACAGUGAGGAGGAGGAAGACGCUCAGAGUGGGAAGUUCGGCAGCUCCGCAGACCCCCAGGAACCCCGAGGCCUGGACUCUGCAGAGGUCACCGCGGAACACGAGAGCAUGAAGGCCGUGCUGAGGACCGGGGCUCAGACCGGGGCUCAGAUCGGGGACAGCAGCACUCUGCCUGGGCUCCGCACACGCACCAGGCCCCCAGCCACUAGAGGCCGCGUCCCCUGGCUCAGCUCUGAGGAAGACUCCAUGAAGUCUCUGGACGACACUGCGGACGACAUCAUGGAGAGGAUCGUGAGGUCAGCCACACAGGGGCCGAGCCACCGCACCCUGCCCCGAGAGAGGAGGCGCUCCAGGGCCAACCGCAAGUCACUGAGGAGGACGUUGAGAGACGGCCUGUCCACAGAGGAGGCCAACGCUCUGGGCUUGUCGAGCUCGGAGCUGCAGCUCAAACCAAUUCUCAAAAGGAAGCGAUCUUGGUGUCUUCUGUUCAAACGAGAAGAUGUUCUCUCCCAACAAGAAGACGCCAAGAACGCAGAAAUGCAUAAGAACCCCAAGAAGCCUUGUUCUAAAGUUGAAGAGAAGCAGGACGUUCUGCAGAAACUGGAGAGUCUGAAGCCUCACAGUGACGAAGAGGAGAAGAAGCCUGACGUGAGUGAGUGUAGCUGCAGGAUUUAA